AUGCGGAAACCUGUGUGCAUUUCCAGCCUGUGCUUUUUAGCCAGUGUUUUUGCCAUUGGCCAUUUGGAUAUUUAUACUGAUACAGAUAUUUGGGUCCCUGAACUAAGACGUUUGGACACAUUUUUACGGAACUAUGAUAUUUCAUGGCCACAAACUUCAUCUCAAUCACCUGCUACGACACCUAAGUACCUUGGGCUCUUACAACGACUAAAACAAAAUGUUCUUCUGUCCAGUGGAAUGCAGCUCUGCUCUCUGAAGACUUUACAGCAAGCCAUAGCCAGUCAUCUUGAAUAUUACCAGCUCAGAACAUGCCAGGAAGUAGUUUGGGAAGCCUUCAAGAUUUUCUUGGACCGUCUUCCUGAGGAGGAGGAAUACCAGCACUGGAUGUACCAGUGCAAGUCUGGUAGCGUCAGUAUGCAGAAAAUUGGAAUUACUUUUAGCCAAUCAGAAGAAUAUCUUGGCCUUUUACACAGAAGGCUGAUUCAAACUGGAAUGAUCAAUGACACUUUGAAAACACCACUGUGCAGACCUCAGUGUGAGCAGGACAUCACUCCUCCAGAGGAAACAUCUUCACAUAAAGCUCAUCCUACAAAGGGACCACAACAAUUUGAUAUGACUAAUGGAAUUUUGGCUAAAGAUACUACAACUGAUUUGAUUCAAGAAAAGGUAGAUCAUCAUAUCGAAAACGACUUUCUGGAAGCCUUCACUGUAUUACAAAUAGAAAAUGUGGGAGUGAAUGAUGUCACUACACAGCACUUUCUUUCCCAGCAGACCAAUAUUGAAGUGAAAGAAGACUUCAUCCCAAAAAGUACUGUGGAAACUCUGCACAAUCGAGCUAUAACAGUGGCCUCCUCCCAAUAUUCUGAAGUAAAACCAGCUGACUCUGACCAUGUUUUACGACCUGGUGCAAGUAAAGUAAAUGAAUUAUCUCAGGUAGUGCACAUUUCUAAAGAGGACCUGCCCAAAGAUAUGGAUGAACCAACUGGUGACCACUCUAAUGGCUUCUCCACCCAAGAUCCUAAUGUUCACAAAACUGAUUCUAAUCCUGUUUCUGCAUCUGGGACAAGGAAAGAUACUGUGACAUCUCAGACUCUGGAAAUACUUCAAGAGAACCUGCCUAAAUAUAAUAAAGAACCAGUUGGAAAUUACAGUGACAUUGUGUCAUCCAAGGCAGCUGGAUCUGAUGUUGUGUCUGGGCCUGGGGCAGGGCAUGAUAAAACAAUAUCUCAAAUAGAGAACAGUCUUGUUGAGUAUCUGCCCAAGGAUAGUAAGAAACAAGUUGAAAACCACAUUGAUAAUAGCUUCACCAAAGUGUUUGAUGUCAAGGAGGCUGACUUAUAUCCUGUUUCUGGACCUGGAGGAUAUGAAGAGGAGGAAGCAUCACAGAUAAAAGACAGUAUUGAAGAAGAUCUGACCAAAGAGAGUAAAGAAUCCGUAAGAUACCACAUUGAUUUUGUCUCCACCCAAGCUGCUAAGAUCAAGGAACUUGAUUUUAAAUCAAAACCUGGAACAAGUGACGAUGAAGGAAUAUCUGAUAUUGUUGCUAUUCCUAAACACAACAAUCCCAAAGAUGAGGAACCAGUAAAAGAGAUAAAGAAAAAUACAGGGAUUAUUAUUGACAUUCCUUUGUCUGAAAAUUAUGAGCUAUCCACAUCUACCACAAUGUCUGAGACUCUGAAUGAUUAUCUGGCACCACCCCAUAAAGCACCUGCUGGGGUAUCUACAGAGUCAACACAAGUCAAAGUGAUCACAGAUGAACCUGCAUUUACGAGACCAUAUAAGAGACUAACAGAAGCCCCACAACUAGAUCAAAAAGACAAGGAGCUUAUGACUCAAACUGAGGAACACCUAGAAGAAUAUACUAAGGUUGUGAUAGAAACAGAGACGCUAGUCACACAAGACAACAAGGUCUUUAUAAAAAUAGAGGAAGCUGUUACCACUGCAGCUGUGGAAGAAACUAACAUUCCCACAACAAAGGAAAGAGAUGCAAAAACUAGCAAAGAAAAAGAUGCUGAAAUUUUUAUAAUGAACAAGAAAAAUAAUUAUGAGCUUGCUGGGAAAACAGUUUCUUCUACUGUUCACACCACACCUAUCUUCCCAAAGAAAGGGUCACCAUUCACCAUCACUACAAUGCAAAGACCUAAAGAAUUUGAGCCAACAUACCCUAAUUUACAAAGUAACGAUGAAGAGGAAAGUAAAGGCACUGCUAUUGGGCAGGGUGGUAACCCUGGGCGUGCUCUAAUUGUCUUCUUCAGUCUCCGUGUGACCAACAUGGUUUUCUCUGAAAACCUCUUCAAUAAGAGAUCUCCAGAAUACAAAGCCCUGGAGCAGAGGUUCCUUGAGUUGCUGGUCCCAUACUUGCAGUCAAACCUCAGUGACUUCCAGAAUUUAGAGAUCUUAAACUUCAGGAAUGGCAGCAUAGUGGUAAAUAGCCGUAUGAAAUUUUGGAAACCAGUUCCCCGAGGAGUCACCACAGCUGUGUACCUAAUUCUGGAGGACUUCUGCAAUACAGCAUACCAGACCAUGAACCUGGCUAUAGACAAAUAUUCACUGGACGUGGAGUCAGGUGAUCAAGCAGACCCAUGUAAAUUUCAGGCGUGUAAUGAGUUUGCAGAGUGUAAAUUAAACCAGUGGUCCGGUGAGGCAGAGUGUGUGUGUAAUUCUGGAUAUUUUAGUGUAGAUGACCUGCCUUGCCAGAGUAUCUGCAAAAUCCAGCCAGACUUCUGCCUAAAUGAUGGCAAGUGUGACAUAAUCCCAGGUCGAGGAGCUAUCUGCAGGUGUCGAGUUGGGGAGAACUGGUGGUACAGAGGGGAGCACUGUGAAGAGUACGUGUCAGAGCCGCUGGUUGUGGGCAUUGCCAUUGCGUCAGUGGCUGGUUUCCUGCUUGUGGCUUCAGGAGCCAUUUUCUUCUUAGCUCGAGCCCUUAGAGACAAGUAUGAUGAGGAGAUGGAGGACCCUGUCAGAAGAGAGGACAGUGUCUCUUUCCAGGAGAGGGGUACCAAGUAUAAUCCCAUGUAUGAAAGUGAUGCAACGACAGGUUAUAGCCAUUACUACCAGCGAUACCCUGAGCCCCCGAUUCAAAGCAGCGCCAGCAUUGAGGCCUCUACAGACUUCAGCAGUGACGAGAUCCGCCACAUCUAUGAAAACAGUGAACUCACCAAAGAGGAAAUUCAGGACAGGAUCCGCAUCAUCGAGCUAUAUGCUAAAGAUCGUCAGUUUGCUACCUUUUUCAGACAGCAUCAAGUGUAA